AUGAAAUGUCAUUACGAAGUACUACAAGUAGAACGAGACGCUGACGAUGACCAAAUCAAGAAGAACUAUCGAAAGUUAGCUCUCAAAUGGCAUCCUGACAAAAAUCCAGAUAACGUCGAAGAGUGCACACAACAGUUUCGGCUGCUUCAAGCCGCCUAUGACGUGUUGAGUGAUGUCAGAGAACGAGAAUUCUACGAUCGCCACCGAGAGAGUAUUUUGAAGGGCAAGAAUUCGGACUUUGAAGAGCAAUCGGUUGAUUUGUUCCCAUAUUUCAGUGCAGGAUGUUAUCAAGGAUACGGAGACGAUAAGAAUGGGUUCUACGCAGUGUAUGAGCGUGUCUUCCGAAUGCUAGUCACCGAGGAAUACGAUCCUGACGAUGAGAAUCCCAUCGAUUACCCGGAUUUUGGAAAUAAAGACAGCGAUCCGGAGAGAAUUGUAAAUGUUUUCUACGGGUUCUGGACGUCCUUCUCUACAAGCAGAUCGUAUGCGUGGCUGGAUCACUAUGAUAUCACACAGGCGUCGAAUCGUUAUGAGUCUAGACAAAUUGACAUGGAAAAUAAAAAGUAUAGAGACCGAGGGAAGGCGGAGAGAAAUGAUCAGAUUAGGGAGUUAGCGACAUUCGUGCGGAAGCGAGAUCCACGUGUCAAAGCCUAUCGUCAGGUGCUUGAGCAGAAAAAGGAGGAGGCGUUGCAGAAGCAGAAGGAUAAUAGGCGGAAACAGCUCGCCAAGACACGAGAGUUAGUUAAAACAUUUAAAAAAACUGUGAAAAAAUUCUAUUUCAGAAUGACUGAAGAGCACUUGAAGGACGAGAAAACUGAAGCGGAUUUCCAGGAGCACAUGAGAAAGCUGAAUCUUCAGAUGGCAGAGGAUUACGAUACGUGUAGUGAUGAGUGUGACGAAGAAGGCGAAGAACUACCGUACUGUGUGGUUUGCAGUAAAUCUUUCAAGACUGUAAACGCCAAGCUCAAUCAUGAGAACUCAAAGCAGCACAUCAAACAGUUAAACGAGCUCAAGAAGCAUUUGAAGGACGAAGACGCGACGUUGUUCGCGGAGAAAGAGGAGCAACAGCCAACGAAAGCUGGUGAAAGAAGGAAAAAUAAAAGGAAAGAUCGGAAGAAAGGAAAUGGAAUAUUUGGAGGUGAUGGAUUGGAAGACGUGGAUGAAGAAGUAGCGGAAAUCGUCGAAAAGCAGCCAGAAGGAGAAAAGGAGAUAGAGGAGAGAUCGGCACCAGCGGAAGUGAUUAAAAAGGAGAAGAAGAAAAGAAGAGCCGACAAAACGGAAAAAUCUGCCACCGCUGACCUCACCGAAGAUUCGCCGGAACCAACACACUCCAAUGAACCUAAAUCGGCUACUUGUGACAAGUGCCGUCAAGAAUUCGAAUCGAAGACAAAACUGUUUGCUCAUUUAAAGGAAACCGGGCACGCCACACUUCUGGUGAAUAAAUCAGGAGGUGGAGGUGGAGGGAAGAAGGCGAAGAAUAAGAAAGGACAAAGAGGCAAUAAGAACAAUGAUGAUGGGGACGAUUGGUAG